CAGACGCCCUGCGUUCCCUGGCUUGGUUGGGCAGGGCUUCCCGGGACCGAUGAAAGCUGAGCAGACCGGGCUCGAAGUGUCUCGCCUUUCCCGGGAGGAAGCGGUGGACACACUCCAAGAGUGGGAAGGCAGCAGUGGGAGGUCCUCCCUCCCAGAGUCUGGGUAACCCGGUCCCCACGCACCCCAGUCUCUCUGGAGCCUCCCGGGAGACGCUCUAGGACUGCAGGUUGCUAUGGCAACGAGGCUGUCGGACUACUGAGGCACGCCAAAGCCUAGAGAGACGACAUCCUCCUUGUAACCCCCCCCUUCCUACAGACGGGUAAAGUGGCGCCCCCUACGCACAGGAACCGUCCCUGGGCUCCCGCCCCGGCGCGGAGACCACCGUGGACCUCCGGGAGCGGGAGGCCGCUCUGGCCCCAAGCGGAGCCUCUCGUUGGUAGACGGGCCCGAGGGAGCCCCUCUGGGUGCAGCGCCGCUGAGCGGCUCGAUGCUCCGACCGGAAGUGCUCUUCACCGCCUGCCUCCCACCCGGCUCUCUGGUCCCGGCGGUAAGAUGGCGGCUGCCGCGGAGUGCGAUGUGGUAAUGGCGGCGACCGAGCCAGAGCUGCUGGACGACGAGGAAGCGAAGAGAGAAGCAGAGUCUUUCAAGGAACAAGGAAAUGCAUACUAUGCCAAGAAGGAUUACAAUGAAGCUUACAACUAUUAUACAAAAGCCAUAGAUAUGUGUCCUAAAAACGCUAGCUACUAUGGUAAUCGAGCAGCCACACUGAUGAUGCUGGGGAGGUUCCGGGAAGCUCUUGGAGAUGCGCAGCAGUCAGUGAGGUUGGAUGACAGUUUCGUCCGGGGACAUUUGCGAGAGGGCAAGUGUCACCUCUCCCUAGGGAAUGCCAUGGCAGCAUGUCGCAGUUUCCAGAGAGCCCUAGAACUGGAUCACAAAAACACUCAAGCACAGCAGGAGUUCAAAAAUGCUAACGCAGUCAUGGAAUAUGAGAAAAUAGCAGAAAUGGACUUUGAGAAGCGGGACUUUCGGAAGGUUGUUUUCUGCAUGGACCGUGCCCUAGAAUUUGCUCCUGCUUGCCAUCGCUUCAAAAUCCUCAAAGCAGAAUGUUUAGCAAUGCUGGGUCGUUACCCAGAGGCACAGUCUGUGGCCAGUGACAUUUUACGAAUAGAUUCCACCAAUGCGGACGCUCUUUAUGUGCGAGGCCUUUGCCUUUAUUAUGAAGACUGCAUUGAGAAGGCGGUUCAGUUUUUUGUGCAGGCUCUCAGGAUGGCUCCUGACCACGAGAAGGCCUGCAUCGCUUGCAGAAACGCCAAAGCUCUCAAAGCCAAGAAAGAAGAUGGGAAUAAAGCUUUUAAGGAAGGAAAUUACAAGCUAGCAUAUGAACUGUACACAGAAGCCCUGGGGAUAGACCCCAACAAUAUAAAAACCAAUGCUAAACUCUACUGUAAUCGGGGUACAGUUAAUUCCAAGCUUCGGAAACUAGAUGAUGCAAUAGAAGACUGCACAAAUGCAGUGAAGCUCGAUGACACUUAUAUAAAAGCCUACUUGAGACGAGCGCAGUGUUACACGGACACAGAACAGUAUGAAGAAGCAGUGCGGGACUACGAAAAGGUGUACCAGACGGAGAAAACAAAAGAACACAAACAGCUCCUUAAAAAUGCACAGCUGGAACUGAAGAGGAGUAAGAGGAAAGAUUACUACAAGAUUCUGGGAGUGGACAAGAACGCCUCUGAGGAUGAGAUCAAGAAAGCUUACCGGAAGCGGGCUUUGAUGCACCAUCCAGAUCGGCACAGUGGAGCCAGUGCUGAGGUGCAGAAGGAGGAGGAGAAAAAGUUCAAGGAAGUCGGAGAGGCCUUCACCAUCCUCUCUGAUCCCAAGAAAAAGACGCGCUAUGACAGCGGACAGGACCUGGACGAGGAAGGCAUGAACACGGCUGAUUUUGAUGCCAACAAUAUCUUCAAGGCAUUCUUCGGUGGUCCUGGGGGCUUCAGCUUUGAAGCAUCUGGCCCAGGGAAUUUCUUUUUUCAGUUUGGCUAAUGAAGGGCAGCCACCCAGAACCCAGAAGAUGCAGACUCGCUGAGUUAAACCUUGAAUGUGGACAGUUCACCUCCUCUUCAUCAUGUCUCCGUGUACUUAGCGCAGUUUGGUUUUCUCAGUUGGAUCCCGUGUCUGUGUGAGUGGGUGAAGGAAAGGGAGCCAGCGCCGAAGACUACAGGGAGGGGAGGGAGGCGGGGGUGGACAGGGAGGCAGCUUGUGAAUUUUUGUUUUACUGUUUAACUUUAUUAAAAAACAAGGAAUAAAAUGUUUUGACCCUCUCUG